CGUUUUUCAUUCAUCCUUUUAACACUCAUAAGCUACCUAAAUUCAAUUUUCUUCUCAGGGAUAAUAACUCUGUUCUUCAUGAUGGAGGGUCCAGUAUGUCGAGUAGCCUGCGGAUGCUAUGUUCUAUUGGCCAUUUCCAUUGGGGCUCAUUGUACCAUCUCUAUUGAUAAUUUAACAUGCCCUUCCACCUUGGACCCACAAACUCGGCCUGCGGCAGCCCCCUUUGUGGAGGCCAAUGGACCUGCGACGAUGUCUAUACCAAUGAUUGCUUGUUCAUCUUCUCUGUCAGAGCACAACUCGAAUGGAAGUGGGAUCAACAAGAACAAACAAAUGGUGGAGCAGUUGCAGCAAUAUGGUGUUUUCUCAUCGAAGAAGGUUGCUGAAGUAAUGGAGACUGUCGACAGAGCAUUAUUUGUACCUGAUGGAACCCCAGCUUAUGCUGAUAGUCCCAUGGCAAUAGGUUACAGGGCCACCAUUUCUGCACCUCAUAUGCAUGCUACUUGCCUUCAAUUAUUGGAGCAAAAUUUGCAGCCCGGCAUGAGGGCUUUAGAUGUUGGCUCAGGAACUGGGUACUUGACGGCUUGCUUUGCAAUAAUGGUUGGAUCACAGGGUCGUGCUAUUGGUGUGGAACAUAUUCCUGAAUUGGUUGCUUCUUCCAUAAAAAAUAUUGAGAGAAGUGCUGCAGCUCAGUUAUUGAAAGAAGGUUGUCUUCAAGUACAUGUUGGUGAUGGACGAGAAGGUUGGCCGGAGCAUGCACCUUAUGAUGCUAUACAUGUUGGGGCAGCAGCACCGGAAAUACCACAGCCUCUCAUCGAUCAAUUGAAGCCAGGUGGAAGAAUGGUGAUCCCGGUGGGGAAAAUAUUCCAAGAUUUGAACGUGGUGGACAAAAAUUUGGAUGGUUCGGUUUGCAUUAGAAGCGAGACGGCUGUCCGUUAUGUUCCUUUGACCAGUCGUGAUGCACAGUUGAAGGGUUAUUGAGUUGAGGAAAGUAUCAUGAAUUCAGCUUGUUUCUCUUAUUAAAGCCCAGUAUUGUACAGAAUAUCGGUAGUUAUUUAAUUUUCCAGCUUGUUCCUCGCUAUAUAUUGUUUGCUUUUGGUAUGUUUUGGAGUCGGAACAUAAUGAAAUGCAGGG